GCAACUCAUGUUAAAAUUGAUAUGGUUCACCAAUUAUUAAAAAGUUUGCAUAGAUCUGCAAUUACCACGAUGAAUUUUGAUUUCUAGCUAAAUAGGCCUUUCUUAAUUAUAUUUUAUCAGAAUUGUGUGGUACAUACAUAUCUAAAAACCCUCUCUCUUUCUAUAUACAUAAAAGUCAAGAGUUGUGGUGAAUCAAACUCAAUUAAGUUUUUCAGUAAGCUCACCAUUUCCUCUCUGAUAUAGAGGUUCACGACAAAUCCAGCUUUGAAACCUUUCUUGCCUCCCAAGAAACCUUUCUUGCCUCCCAAGAAACCUUUCUUGGUUCCCAAGAAACCUAAAUCAAAAUCAUUUUUUUCUGAAACAGAGCUGCAAAAAAUGGCAAUAAUGGGUGAAGUAUGGACUAACAUAGGGUCUGCUGUCGCAAGCCUCGUGUUCAUAUACACGAUCUUCGAAAGAUUCUUCCCUUAUCAUCUCCGUGAAAAUCUCGAGCCCUUAGUGCAAAGGUUCAUCAAUCUUUUCUACCCGUACAUACAGAUAAAGUUCUUUGAAUAUAGCGGCGAACGGUUCGAGCGAAACGAUGAUUAUGCAACGAUCCAGAACUAUCUCAGUAAAGACUCUUCUUCUCGAGCAAAGAAACUAAGGGCCAACACAAGCAAAGGAAGUAAAUCUAUUGUCCUUAGCAUGGACGACCAUGAAGAGAUCACUGAUGAGUUUAAAGGAGUCAAGGUUUGGUGGCAAUCAAAGAAGCACCAAACCGAUAGCCGGUCUAUUUCCUAUUUCCCUAAAACCGAGGAAUCGAGAUUCUACAUCCUCAAGUUCCAUGUACGUGACAGGCACGUAAUUACAAACAGGUAUCUUGAUCAUAUUAGAAAAGAAGGGAAGAAGAUGGAGGUGAAGAACAGAGAGAGGAAGCUUUAUUCGAACAAUCCAAGCCAGAACUGGUCUGGCUAUAAUCAGACGAAAUGGAGCCAUGUCACUUUCGAGCAUCCCGCGACUUUUGAUACUCUUGCUAUGGAAAAUGAGAAGAAAGAAGAGAUCAAGAACGAUCUUACGAAGUUUAGUAAUAGCCAAGAUUACUACAAGAGAAUUGGGAAAGCUUGGAAGAGAGGAUAUCUCUUGCACGGUCCACCGGGAACUGGAAAAUCAACUAUGGUAGCUGCAAUGGCCAAUUUCUUGGAUUAUGAUGUCUAUGAUCUUGAAUUGACAACGGUUAAGGAUAACACAGAGCUAAGGAGGCUAUUGAUUGAGACUUCAGGGAAGUCGAUAAUUGUUAUCGAAGAUAUUGAUUGUUCUCUUGAUCUAGCUGGUCAGAGAAAGCAGAAGAAGGAGGAGGAGGAGGAAGACGACGAAGAUGAGAUUAGCCCAAUUGAGAAGCAAAUGAAGAAAGAAAAAGGUGAGAAUACAGGAAGCAAAGUGACAUUAUCAGGGUUAUUGAAUUUCAUAGAUGGGUUAUGGUCAGCUUGUGGUGGUGAGAGGAUCAUUGUGUUCACUACUAAUUUCAUAGAUAAAUUAGAUCCGGCUUUGAUUCGAAAAGGAAGAAUGGAUAAGCAUAUAGAAAUGUCUUAUUGUGGGUUUGAAGCGUUUAAAGUGUUGGCAAGGAAUUAUUUGUAUGCUGAGGAAGAAGGUGAGCUGUUUCAAGAGAUUAAGAGGUUGCUUGAGGUAGAAAAAAUCAAGAUGACUCCAGCCGAUGUGGGAGAGAAUCUGUUGAUGAAAACAGAACAUGAAGCUAAAGAGACUUGUCUGAAGCGAUUGAUCGUGGCGUUGAAGGAAGAGAAAGAAGAAGCAAAGAAGAGGGUUGAGGAAGAGGAGAAGAAGAAAGAAAAAGAGAAGGAUAUUAAGAGGAAGAGGAGAGAUGAUCAGAGGGAAAAGAAAGAAGAUAUAUGAAUUGCAUAUCCAGUGUUUUUGGGGUGUGUAACUUUGAAUAUGCACAGUUCUUACGUCCUCUGUCUUAAAUUAUAAUUCUAUGUAUUUAAGUGAUCACUUGAUUAAUAAUGAUCUUUCGACUUUCUGAUUCAAUUUGUAAUU